UGCCUUGCGUCUUCAAGGUACGAUUCUCACGGCCCACCUCUUCCGGUGCGUGUACACGGUCAUGGCGCAGGGGCAGCGCAAGUUCCAGGCUCACAAACCAGCAAAGAGUAAGAAUGCAGCGGCGGCUUCUGACCGGAACCGGGGCCCGAGGAAAGGCGGUCGUGUUAUCGCUCCCAAGAAGGCGCGCAUCGUGCAGCAGCAGAAGCUCAAAAAGAGCGGGGAUCUCACUCCUGCUCAGACUGAUCUUGAACUGAGUUCAAGCAUUCCGUGUGCCUCCGCCUCCCAGGGUGCUAGGAUUACAGGCCUGAACCAUCAUGUCCAGCCUAACCUGGAAGUUGGGAUCCGGAAGAAGAUUGAACAUGAUGUGGUGAUGAAAGCCAGCAGCAGCCUGCCCAAGAAGCUGACCUUGUUGAAGGCCCCAGCCAAGAAGAAGGGGCCAGCUGCCUCCACUAAGACCUGAAGGUACCAGCCCCAGCAGAGGUCAACACUGCAGCCCCACCUCCAUGCUCCAACUUUGCAGGUGACCCUGCAGCUGUACCAUGGGGAAGAGUACCCUGCCCCCAGCACAGGCUGUACCUAGAACUUUGUAGGGGCCUGGCCCCUGAGCAGGUGAUCAGUAAAUCCCAGGUUUCCAAGAACCUAGUGAUAACCAAAAACAUGAUUACCACCUUCCAAAGUCCCAUUGCCCCAAUCCUGUCUCUUUCCUGGUUUAACCCUGAGCAAUAAACCUGGUUUUGUUCCUCUU